UUGUUAAACCACCAUCAAAUAAUAUCCUUCGUUCUCCUUCACCGUCGCCACUCGCCGUCUCUAUCACCGACGUUCAACAUCGCUGUCACCACCAGCACCAUCUUCGUUUGCUCUUUUCGUGUGUAGUACUCUUCCAUCACCUUGCUUUAAUGGACGAAGGACGCCAAAAGGACUUGCAGUUGUUGGAGGAGAUUAUUGAUAAAGGUUUAAAACAGAAGCUUGUACAUGCAACUACUUCACGGGACAAGAUCUUUGAAGAACAAAAAGUACUCUCUGACUUGCGGAAUAACCUAGAAACUCUGGAGAAAAAUGAUGUGAAUAGUCUCAAAACAAUGGUCAACCUCGGUUCAGAAGUUUACAUGCAAGCUGAAGUGCCAGAUACUCGGCACAUAUUCAUGGAUAUAGGACUCGGCUUUUAUGUGGAACUCACCAGGCAAGAAGCUCUUGAGCAUAUUUCACAAAGGGAGGAAAGAAUUAAAAAGCAACUAGGAGAGUUUACUGCUGUUAUUACGCAGAUCAAAGGUCGCAUCAAACUGGCUCAUUACCAGAUUCAGCAAAUACUCAAUCUUCCUGAAGAGAAUACGUCAUCCCGGCAACGAGCGUUUUAGUACUACCUAAUAUAGCUUAGUGCUUGUGCUUAUUGUUUUUGAGUUUUAUUUAAGCUUUAUCCGUGGAAAAAGAGAAUUUUAGCGUAAAGUGUAAUACUAACACUUUCCUCUCCAAUGGAUCAAGCAAUGAACUGAAAACCAUAUUAUUCAAAAUUUUCAGAUGUAGACUAGUGUAUCUUAUUAUAUAAAGCUUGAUGUCAAAUUUACUUA